AUGUCCUUCAGUGGGAAGACACCAGAAUCGCUUCUCCCACGAUCAGACUCGAGAAACCCAGCUACCACCUGCAGAGGCAUCACCACGACCGGAAGGCCUUGCCGUAGACCUCUUGCUGCCUCCCCCAAGAACUCUUCUACGCCCUCACCAAGUCGAGGGAACGGCGUCCUCGCCGUGCUGGAUGAGCAGCAUGCAGCGGCUUUCUAUUGCUGGCAGCACAAGGACCAGGCAGAGCAAUUGGCAGCUCAGGGAGGGCGGACAAGUCUGUACCCGUUGAAAGAAAGAUCGAGCAUUGAUACGCUGAUUGAGCAAGUGGGCAUACUCGAUUUGGAGGAGAAUGUGCCAAAGCGCCACCAUCGGCGACAGAUUGCAGAAAGCGUGAAGCGUCGAGACACGUUGCCGUCAGGUUGGAACCAAAUGGAGAGUCCGUUGAUGACCGUGCCGGAUGAAGUGGUACAUCCCAGGCGACCCAGACGACGCCCUCCCCCACCUCCGCAGUCGAACGUGAAACUCUCUUGGGCCUGCUGCAUCCAAGCAGACCAUGAUGAUGAUUUGCCUCCUGUGAGGGUCCGGAGGGACGAUAGGGACAGGCUUCCUCGACCUCAUACAGACGCGAGGCGACCAUCGUCUGGGAGACCCGAAAUGCGGCAGUCACAUACCACCACCACACGACCAAAGCCAAGUCCCGCCCCUUCUCAGACCCAGACACUCCUCUCGCUCAUCCCACCUAACCUCUCGCCUCAGAUCACCUCGCAGUUGCUCGCUGAGCUGUCCCGCCCCAUCUCGGCUGCGGAUGAGGCCGGAUAUAUUUACAUCUUCUGGCUCACACCGGAAUCCGAGAUGUCCAAACCUGACGACGAGACAGCCUCGUCUCUUCUGGACGAUGACGAGGAUAACCUUGGCGAUAGCGGCGGCGGCAUGUACAACCGUAGCUUGCAGAGGACAAACCAGGCUCUUGCGCGCUACGCCUCCGUCCGCCGGCCGUCGAAUCAAGUUCAGGCAAAACGCACCAUCACGCUCAAAAUCGGCCGCGCUGCCAACGUCCACAGGCGCAUGACUCAAUGGACCAAGCAGUGUGGGCAGAAUAUCACGUUGAUACGAUACUAUCCGCACAACAACGGCGCCUCCGGCAACACCCACACUCCUCGCAGACCUCCUCCCGCUGCUGCAGCAGCUGGAUCAACGAGUGCAGCUCCUCCAUCUCCUCAGAGCCACAGUACCAAGGUCUCGCACGUGCACAAAGUCGAACGACUCAUUCACCUGGAACUCUCGCAGAAGAAAGCCAUCAAGAGCGAAUGCGAGCAGUGUGGGCGCGAACACAAGGAGUGGUUCGAGAUCGAGGCCACACGCGAGGGCUUGAGGGGCGUGGACGAGGUGGUCAGACGGUGGGUUGCAUGGGCAGAGAGACAGUAA